GUCAAUAUCUUAAGUAAUAAUAAAAAAACCAAAAAAAACUCAACGAUGCCUUUAAUAUUCAAAGGUACAUUUCCUCCCUCUCACAAUCCUCCGUUGCAAAAUAUUCAGUUCUAAUGGCUUUGCAUGGCGAAGAGCUUGAGUUUAACUUUAACCUAAGAGAAUUGACUCGAAAAGGUCAUCUAACUUGCGAAAAUCGAAUAUCUAGAAGGUUCUCUGCCUCAUGUAUCCGAAGCUUCAGAGAAGAUCACAAGUCUUGUACAACAAACUUCACCAUCUCUAGUACUCUGUCUUCUCCUGGCUACUCCCUCAAAGAUGAGAUUGACCCAUCAGAUUAUUCCUUCACUAGUGCACUCAAGGCAUUGCAAGCAAAAGCAAUGUACAAGAAGAAAUGUGAUUGGUUGAAACCAGAAGGGGUUGUUGAGUUAAACUCGAAGUGGAACGAAGCAGAGAAGUAUAUCUGCAAUCCUUUGUCUGGUGAAGUUCCUAUAGAGUGUUUGUCUUCUAGAACCCUAAAUUCAAGAUCCUUCAGAAACUUAUCCACCACGCAUUCUCCUCCACUCACGAUUUUGCCUUCCAAUCAUAAUCCAAGAACGGUUACUACUCCUAUGGUCAGAAUCAUUCAUGGGGAUUCUAGAUCUCCGUAUCCUGUUCUUAUCCAAGCAGAAGAGAAAGUUGUGGGGUUGAAACGAGACGUGGGUGUGCAGAGUGCACCGGCAACUAGGGUUGGUCCGGCGACGACGUCGCCGAUUAUGGAGAGAUCAAAGAGAAGACAGGUGGAAGAUGAUGAUGAUUCGCCGGUUGAGUAUGCACUUAAGAAAGCUCAACAAGAGGAUUUGAAGGAUGUGAAGUCAGAAGAAAAGGAGAAAAGUAUGACAAGGAAAGAAAUUGAAGAAGACGAUAGAGAGAAGGAGACAAAAAAGAAAAGAGGAAGUAGGUGUUUCUCCUGGAUGAGGAAAAUGCAUAGACAACCAAGAAAAUCCAAAUGCAUCUUUCACAUUUGUCUACCUCAUCUUAUCAAUACUACUUGUUGAACCAAUAAUAUUCUAGUAAGAAAUAAAAGAAAGACCAUCAUUGGUUAACUUAACACAAUAAUAAUGUAGCAAUGUUUGCAAGAUCAUAUUGCUUGUGUUUCUCUCCCUUUUAUUCUCGGUGUAUUUGAAGUAUGUAACUUCAUACUAUAUGAAAUUUAUUUAAGUUUUUUUGUUGGUACACGUUACAUGUUUCAAAAUUUUGUUUUAU